AUGAGCGGGGCGGCGCUGUGCGCGGCGCUGACGGAGCUGGGGUUCGACGGGGAGGACCCGCUGGACGCGGACGCGCUCGAGUGGCCCUUCCAGUACGAGGAGGCGCGCCCGCUGCUCGCCUGGAUCUGCUCCUGCCUCCGCCCCUCCAACGUCCUCUCCCCGUCCCACCUCUCGCAGUAUGAGCAACUCGUGGAAGAGGGAAGACUGCUAGAGGGUGAGGAUUUGGACUCUGCUUUUGAUAGUAUUUCAGCCUUUUCAAGCAAGAAAGACAAUCAAGAGGCUGUCUUUGAAGCAGAAGAAACUAUUCUUGACAUUCGAGAAGCAAAACUAGCAUAUAGAGCUGAAGUUUUUGAGUUGCAGAGGCAGCUUGCACGGCAGCAAGCACAAUUUGAUAUGCUUGCAGGGCAAGCAUCUUCGCUUAUUCAAGGCAGACGAGCACGUGUAUCAGCUAUGUCUGCAGUUAGCGUGCAACUUAUAUCACUAGAUGAGAUACUUUCAUCCAGAAACUUGGAGAUGAAUGCAGUUCUUGGAAGAAUUACUGCUACAACCCAAGAAUUGGCACAUUAUCAUUCGGGAGAUGAGGACAGUAUAUACUUGGCAUAUUCAGACUUCCAUCCGUAUUUUAUUGGGGAUUUGGCUUGUACAAAGGAGCUAAACCGGUGGUUCUCGAAGCAAUUUGAGAAGGGGCCAUUUCGACUUGUUGCGGAGGAGGGAAAAUCGAAAUGUUCCUGGGUGAGUCUUGAUGACAUCACAAAUGGCCUGACAAGAGGAGAUUCUGAAAAAUCUCAUCAUCACCAACGUGUGGCUGAGUUGCAACGACUCCGUUCGAUAUUUGCUACAAGUGAACGACAAUGGAUUGAAGCACAAGUUGAGAAUGCUAAACAACAGGCCAUACUCCAAAUUUUAAAAUCUCAAGUGUCCUCCGACGAGGCUCACAUACAUCGGGAUAUACAUUCUCUUAGGAGAAAAAGUUCUGAGCUUGCUGGAGAACUCUCAACACUUACUCAAAAGGUGCAGCCUUUCAUAUCUGAGACCAUACCAUGCCUUUGUUCGGAACUUGCUCAACUUCAAGGCACAUAUAUUUUGCAAGGUGAUUACGAUUUAAAGGUCAUGCGCCAGGAAUACUAUAUCAACAGGCAGAAAACUUUCAUCAAUCACUUGGUUAAUCAGCUUGCUAGACACCAAUUUCUGAAGAUUGCUUGCCAACUUGAAAGGAAGCACAUAGCCAGUGCCCAUGCAUUGCUUAGAGUCAUAGAAUCUGAGCUACAUAGCUACCUAUCGGCAGUCAACACCCGUCUGGGCCAUUGCAAUUCAUUAAUUCAAGCUGCGUCUGAGGUACGUGAACAAGGAGCAAUUGAUGAUCGUGACACUUUCCUCCAUGCAGUGCGAGAUCUACUAUGUAUUCACUCAAAUUCCCAAGCAGCAGUACCAACAUACAUGUCAGCACAUGCUUUAGUUCAGCAGAUAUCGGCACUUCAAUCUGACUUGCUUUCUCUUCAGUCUGAACUUGAAAAUACUCUUCCAGCUGACAGGAAAAGAUGUAUCAAUGAGCUAUGCACUCUGAUUCAAACAGUUGAACAGCUUCUAUUUGCAUCGUCAACAACUGCAGAACCAGUAUUGACGCCCUGGCCACUGAUGCGAGCACUUGAUGAUAUGGAAAAUGCAAAUGCUCAAGUUGAAGUUGCUGUUGAAGAAGUAACCAAGGCUCGCACUCAAAAGAUAAAGAUCUUUGAAAAUCGCGCACAUGAGGUGGGGAGGGAAAGGCAGGUGUUUGUUGAUUUUUUCAGCAACCACGAGCGUCUCAAGAAUCAAGUCAGAGAGCUGACCUCCCGCGUGAAAGCUCUCCAGGAAUGA